CUUUAUCUUACCAGUAUGUUCUUGUUCUAUGUGUUGAAGGUGACAGCAGAAGUUGGAAAACUUCUUGGUGAAGAAAAGGUGGAUGCAAUCUUGUGUGUAGCAGGAGGAUGGGCUGGAGGCAGCGCCAAAGCCAAGUCUUUAUACAAAAACUGUGAUCUGAUGUGGAAGCAGAGUGUUUGGACAUCGACUAUUUCCAGCCACCUUGCCACAAAACAUCUGAAAGAAGGGGGCCUCUUGACACUGACAGGAGCCCAAGCUGCUUUAUCUGGGACCCCAGGGAUGAUUGCCUAUGGCAUGGCCAAAGGAGCAGUGCAUCAGCUUUGUCACAGUUUGGCUGGUGCCAGCAGUGGGCUGCCACCUGGUUCUGCUGCAGUUGCCAUUUUACCGGUUACCUUAGAUACACCAGCAAACAGGAAAGCAAUGCCUGAUGCAGAUUUCAGCUCCUGGACGCCCUUAGAAUUCAUUGCAGAAACCUUUUAUAACUGGAUAACAGGAAAGGAUCGACCAAGCUCUGGCAGUCUAAUCCAGGUGAUAACUACAGGUGGGAAGACUGAACUUGUUUCAGCAGCACAUCUUUGAUGUCAGUCAAUUAAAGUGAUGAAACUUCAGCAAAGGAGAAGCUGUGGAAAAUCCGUCCACCAGUAUAAUUUGAAUGGUCUUCUGUAUCCAGUGUUUGUAGUUAUUCCAUUAAUGGAAGCAGAUUUCAAGUAAUAUUUCCGUGCUGUCAGUUGUGAGCUAUCAGCAUUUGUUUACCAAAUAAUACCAACUUGUCUCUAAAUGAAAGUUGCAGGCUUUAAAGUCUGUAGGUAUCCUAAUUCUGAGCAUUAUAUGGCAACUUACCUGUUUUCUGUGAAAUGGGAAAUCUGCUUAACUAUGUGCAUACAUAAUGGUUGGAUUUUUUUC